AUGCUGCGCGUCUGGACCGUUUCGGGAGAGGAGCUCGCUGCACUGCCUGUGGAGGAGCAGUCGGAUGUGCGUUCCCUGAAGCGGCAUCUUCAGCAAUUCCACGGGUUGCCACGUUUCCGGCAGAGACUGCUGUGUAACGGCAGCAGCCUGGAUGAUGAUGCAAGGUUGGUCGCACCCGUGGACCUCCAAAUCGUACUGCUGCCGUUCUGCCACUCCGCACAAGAGCAAGUUGAAGAGCUCAUAGACCUGGCAAAGCGUGGCAGCCUUUUGCAAGUUGAGGAGGUCCUGCAGCGUCCACAGGAUCCCAACUUGGCUGUGCCAAACGCCUGCUGGUUCUUGCAGUCGCCCUGUGACUCAGCCAACCCACUCCUUGCAGCCGUCGAGAACGGCGAUGUGCCGAUGGUGAGCCUGCUGCUGGAAGCCCGUGCUUCUGUGACCGAGGAGAUUGCUGACGUUGCAGCCUCUGACCUUCAACUUGUGAGUGUGCUCUUGGAUGCUGGUGGACCUGGCACAGGCCGAUGCCUUUACCAUGCAUCUUCGCAAGGUCGCGUUGAACUUGUGAGGCGGUUGCUGGAAGCCGGAGCCGACGAAAGCUACCUGCACUUUGAAGAAACUAGGUUCAAGUUUCACAGUACAUCCCCAAGACGGUCGCAGCCAGUCGGCACACCGCUCUCCGUUGCAUCUGGGCAGCGCCAUCUGGAAGUUGUGCAACUUCUGUUGGAGGCUGGUGCUGACCAGCAUGAGGCCACCCUUGCAGGAACACCUUUGUACGUGGCUUGCUCAGCAGGCCACACGCAGAUUGUACAGCUUCUAUUAGAGGCUGGUGCCGACGAGCACUUUGGAACUGAAACAGAGACACCUCUUUAUGUCACCUCUUUGAAAGGUCAUGCCGAGGCCGCACGCUGCCUGCUGAACUCAAGUGCUGACGUCAACACAGGCAACGGAAAAGAGACGCCGUUAUACGCAGCGGCUUCAAGGGGACACGUGGAGACAGUACACGUGUUGCUGCAGGCCGGCGCUGACAGGCAUAGAGGUAGAGUCGCCGACAUGCCCUUACAUGCGGCGAAAUGCAAUGGCCACACGGAGGUGGUGCAUCUUUUACAGGGCACCUGGCAGGCUGCGAUAAGUUUCCAAAAGCUGUUCAGAGUCAUGAUGCCGCUUACGGUUUGUGCUGUGAUCUUGGGAGUACGAUGGCCUUCUGCAUGGAAGCUGGCGAGAGCUGUUUUUCGGCAUCGUCAAAGCUGGAUCGGUCGGAUGUGGACCCGAAUGCUGCUGAAUCUGUCGAUAAAAGCAGAGUCCGCUGCAGAGGCCCUUGAGAAGACGAUCCGAGAUCCUGCCAGGCAGCCCCACAUCAACCUAACCUCUUCAAACAUGGCAUCAAGAUGUGAUGACGUGCCAACGACCACAGCCGGCCGGCUUGUGGCAAUCUGCACGUUCUAUGCCGGCGUUGUGCUUGUCGCGAUUAUGCUGACGAUCGUCGGCGGCGCAUUCGCAGCUCAUUACCCGAAGUGGAUCAAGAACAACAAAGGCAAGGAUACCGGUGCUGUGAGCUUCCGCAAAUCCACCGUCAUACCAUCAGGCGAGAAUCGUUGA